AUGGCCUGGAGGAAGGAAGCAAAAAGCGUCUUGCCCUGCUCGGAAGAGAGCACGAAUCCAGCUGGGCCGCUCCGUGCAUCCGGUGGGGAACAAGGGGACGUGGUCGGGCUGUGUGUGCAGGGAGACGGGCGCUGGAACGCGGCGGCCCUGCCGCGUCCGGAGACGCUGCGUACGUGCGAGCGUCGAGGCGGGCCCGGCCGGAAUGGACAUUUCUGGGAUGUCCGGGUCAUGAGCACUUUUUUUUUUCUCUCCUUCCUCAGAACAAAAUUGAACUAUAAUCCCCCAAAAGAUGAUGGCUCAACGUACAAGAUUGAACUUGAAGGAAUAUCAGUUGAUAUCAUGAAAGAGAUACUAGAUUACAUCUUCAGUGGGCAGAUCAGGCUAAAUGAAGAAACUAUCCAAGAUGUGGUACAGGCAGCUGAUCUCCUGCUGCUUACAGAUUUAAAAGCUCUCUGCUGUGAGUUUUUAGAAGGUUGUAUAGCUGCUGAGAACUGUAUUGGUAUUCGGGACUUUGCACUACACUAUUGUUUGCAUCAUGUUCACUACCUUGCCUCAGAGUAUCUGGAAACUCACUUUCGAGAUGUCAGCAGCACAGAGGAAUUCUUGGAACUGACUCCAAAAAAACUGAAAGAAGUGCUGUCAAUGGAAAAGCUCAAUGUUGGGAACGAAAGAUACGUCUUUGAAGCAGUGAUCAGAUGGAUUUCUCAUGAUGCAGAGUCAAGAAAGGUUCACAUGAAGGAUGUGAUGUCAGCAGUGUGGGUUUCGGGCCUGGAUGCCACGUACCUGCGCGAGCAGAUGAUGAGCGAGCCGCUGGUUCGGGAGAUUGUCAAGGAAUGCAACAACAUUCCCCUGACGCCCCCGCAGCAGGGAGAGGCCAUGCUGGCCUCCUUCAAGCCCCGGGGCUACUCCGAGUGUAUAGUGACCGUCGGGGGUGAAGAAAGGGUGUAA